CAAAUAAAUGUGCGUGCGUGUAAUACAGAAACUGAUGUUUUUACAAAUCUUCCAAAAAAAUCUGUCAGUAUGAUUUUGUUCGUUCUUAUGACAGUGAAUAAUUCUGAAUGGGUGGGAUCAACAGACGCGCGUAAUAUAAAGCGAGCGCGCUGAGCGCAACAUCAGUGAAGUCUGAUAGAUGAAAUGCGCAGAAUGUUUUUCUUUACAGUAUUGAUUUUGGCGCUCCUGUUGUGCGCCGGUUCGUCAGAGGAGCGCACGUAUCAGCGGACGGAUCCGGUAACCCGCCAGAUUCUAGUAUGCGAGCGCUGUCCGCCGGGCUUUCGUCUGCGCGCGCACUGCACGAGCUCGCGUCGGACGGAGUGCGUCCCGUGCGUCGCGGGUCUGUAUACGGAAUUCUGGAACUACAUCCCCCAAUGUCUGAUGUGCGACGCGUGCGCAGACCUGCAGCGGGUCGUGCGGCCAUGUAACGGGACCGCGAACACCGUGUGCGAGUGUGAGCGCGGACUCUUCUGGGAUCAGCACUUCUGCCGGAGACACGCGACGUGUAAACCGGGACACGGAGUCAAGACGGCAGGGAGUCCACACAGAGACACAGUGUGUGAGUUGUGUCCAGAUGGACAGUUCGCUGACAUCACAAAAACACACUCAUCAUGUGUCAAUCACAGCGUUUGUGUGAUGAACGAGCAGCUCGUGAUACAGGGAACCAAGUGGCAUGACAACGUGUGUACCACAUGCGAUCACAUCAACGCUCAAGGUUGGCUGGAUUUAUUCAGGCCGAUUGUGUCCGGUCUGUUUGUCCACCAGAAGAUCUCCCCACAACGCCUGAAGCGUUUCGUCAAUCAGCGACUGCGCAGGCACGCGGUCAGAUCCGAAUGGAGCACAGACGAUCCAGCCGAGCGGAUUAAAGACUGGAUCGGUCGAGCGUCAGUGGAAGAACUGCUUAAUCUGCCUGAGAUGCUGAAGAGAUCACGUCUGGAUCUGCUGGCAGACAGAAUCGGACACAAAAUUAAGAAAUUUCAGAUGUUUGCCGAUCACUGCAAAGGCAUGAAUGUGAUCUCAUAAAGCAUUGAUCUGUUUGACUUCUGUUAUACAUGAACACUGCUGAGGGACAUCUUAAUAUUGUUGUGACUACUUCAUCAAAUUUGCUGUAGUUUAGGCGAUACAUUUAGAUUUUUCACUUUAUGUCAAAUAUCACUGUAUGAUUUGAAGUCUUGUUCCUAAAUUAUUUCUGUGUUUUGACUGUG